ACGUUGGCGAGCAGAAGCAUGAGCGCUGAACCUUAGUUUGUGGGAGCUUUCGAAGGGUGUCGCUACUCUCCGGUCGGCCUCGGCGCCAAGGGUUCCUGCGAAUGUCUCCGCAGCCAAUCGAUGGCGGCCGGUGCCGAGUUGCGCCCCGGGACCCGAGCUCGGAAACUCGACACGGGAGGUCCCGCGGGGAGAAUCCGUCGACGGACGCAGUGACGGACAGCGCAGCCGCCUUAUCAAUCAAGGGCCGCCAAGACCACGCCGCAGAGAAAAAAUGAAGAAGCUCGACACCAAGGGGAAAAUGCACGCGUUUGGACUUCGCGCACUCAAAGUACACUACGAGCUGGUGCCCCUGGUUACAGUGAUUGGUAUUGCUGCGGUCGGAUGUGCAGGAUUUUGCGUCUACUCAUUUCUAAAACCGGACGUUAUGGUUAGUCGCAAAGAUGAAAUUCCCUCGUGGAUGCGCUACAGUGCGGACACGAGACAAAAGUUGUUGACCAUAGAGAAGGACUGGAAGAAGGACAAGACCAUGGAGGAAGUUGAGAGACUGCGCAAGGAGAUCGGAUCCACCCACUAGACCACGGGCCGCUUCUCUUCAAAGAGUCUACGCUUGGCAGGCCUGAGCGCAUUCUGUUUGGCUGUAGCCUCACGCCAGAAUUAACGGGCACAGGAAAAUUAAUGUCUGCCCUACCUAGGAAUAAAUUGCCGGCUGUAGCCGGAACCAAGAA